UCUCCGGACCGGGCGCAGUGCGCGUAUCGUACCUCAUACUGCGCGGUUGUGUGUUCGUGUAUAAUAUACGUUUAUAUUAUUGUAGUGUGUCACCAGUCCGGUGUAAACUGGAGCAUCUUUGUAUUUAUUUUUGUAACUCAACUUCACUUAACCUAUUUAAUAUGUAAUGAUUUUCGAUCUCUGGUGUGUAAAUCCGUCGUACGUGGACGUACUUGAUUAAUAUAAUAAUUAUUUUUAUCGCAUCAAUACGUUAUAAAUAAUAAUGGACGAGGAGACAGCGUUGGUUUUGGGCGUGCAACUUUUGGCCCUGUGUUGCAUAGCGUGCUCUCUGGUGCUAUACUUGUUGCGGAAAAUGAGCAGGAAAACCGUGGACGCAGUUCCGGCGCUUCGUUCAGUGCUAGUUACGUCGUGUGAGACAUCUGCCGGACUGCAGCUUUGCGACCGGUUGGCGGCCGCUGGUUUUCGAGUGUUUGCCGGCCAUAAGCCGGACGUCCGGCCGGACUCAGCCGAGUCAUCUGACCGGGUGCUGCCAUCGGGCCCAUCAUCCGGAGCCUGCGCCUUGCUCCGUUCGCGCGUCAAGCAGCGUGAAUCUGCCACCACGGACGUGGAACGGGCACCAGGAGGGAUCGUGUUCGUGCCGUUGGACGUGACCCGCGAGGAUUCGUUGCACGAGGCCGUAGUUACCGUCAAAAGGCAUUUGCCCGCCGGGGAAGACGGUUUAUGGGCUGUCAUAAAUACUGCAGACGUAUGUCUGAAGGGAAGAAUCGAAAUGCAGGAGAGCAUCCAAUGGGAGACGUUAUUUAAGACUAAUGUUUUUGGAACACUCAAGGCCGCCAGAACAUUUUAUCCUCUACUAGUGAGCCAAAAAGGUCGUUUUAUUAACUUUGGUACAUCCAACGGACAUCCUCGCCGACAAGGGAUGACUGCGUUUGACUCAGCGCGCCAUGCCGUGGUUGGUGCUAGUUCCUCGCUAAGGGAAGAUCUGAAGGAUUUGGGUGUACAUAUAAUCGUUAUAAACACAAAUCACAUUCAGCCGGAACACAUGUUCGAACCGGUGCGAUCUUCUGGCAAAGCUAAUGAACAAACGCUCAAUGAAAUGUUUAUGAAAACGACUUUACCUGAGUAUGCUAUACACACAAUAUUGGACGCAUUACUCGAGCCUAAUCCUAAACCCGUGUACGCUUUUGAAAAACCAUCGAUGUUUAAUUAUAAUAACUUUUCAAAAAGAAUUCUAAAAUCUGAACGUUACGUGGGAUAUGAAAAUAUUUAGUUAAAUACCUACCCUUGAUAAAGUUUCAAAAUAGUGUACAAAUUCUGACAUACUAAUUUAUGGUAUUAAUGAAAUUGAAACUAAUCAAAGUUACAUAAUUGUUUUAUUUUAUUAUCAUAACAUUAAAAUAAAUAUAAAAUAUUUAAAUGUUAUCCAAAGAACACUAUUAAAUGGUCAGUAUAGUUUUAUAAAAUAUGUUUUUAAAUAUUAUUUGUAUGUUGUAUUAUUAUUGUAAAAUAAAUGUUCAUACUGAUUUAAUUCAAAAUUCCGCCAAUGUAUCGUCAAUUCGUGCCUAAAUAUCAUUAGUAUAAUUAUCGUUGUUAUGCAAUGAGUAUG